AUGGUGAAGCCCACAUCAUCCCCAGAUCCCCAGAGAAGAGCAAGAAGAGGAACAUGGCUAGAGGCUGGCCUGGUCGAGGAAGACUCCUCCUCUGUUUUAUCUUUCACCUGCUGCUGCUACCAGGGAAGCACUCGCCCAGGCCACAGCUCCCCCCAUCUUCUCACAGGGCCUCUACUCUCUGCAGGAAAAGGAGACGAUUUUGCCAUUAAUUGCUCAGGGUUUGACCGGCAUGGACUGGAUCCUGCUGUCUUCCGAUCAGUGUUUGACAGGAAAGCCUUCCGCCCACUCACCAACCACAGCUUACCCAUUCAUGUCAACAUCUCCUUCACCCUGUCUGCCAUCCUGCAAGUGGAUGAACAGCUUCAACUGAUGACAUCAUUCCUAUGGCUAAAUGUGAUCUGGUACAACCCCUUCAUCAGGUGGAACCCUGAUGAUUGUGGGGGCAUCAGGAAACUGAGCCUGGCAGCUGAGAACCUGUGGCUUCCAGACAUCUACAUCGAGGAGUUUAUGGAUGUGGACCAGACACCUACGGGUCUCAUGGCUUAUGUCAACAACAAAGGUCGCAUCAAGUACAAUAAGCCAAUGCGGGUGGUCAGUAUCUGUCACCUGGACAUUUUCUAUUUUCCCUUUGAUGAGCAGAACUGCACCCUCACCUUUAGCUCAUUCAUCCACACAGUGGAGCACCUGGUCCUGGGCACAGAGAAGGAAAUUCAGGAGCUUUCUAACAUCUCCCAGAACCUCAUUCAGAGCAAAGGAGAGUGGGUGCUUCUGGGAAUCCACCAGACUGCUGAGAAGAUGAUUGUGGGCACCAACCAGUACGACCAAAUCACUUUCUAUGUGGCCAUCAGGCGCAGACCCAGCCUCUAUGUCAUAAACCUCCUGGUGCCCAGUGGCUUUCUGGUGGCCAUUGAUGCCUUCAGCUUCUACCUGCCUGCCGAGUAUGAGAACCGCGCUCCCUUCAAGAUGACACUCCUGCUGGGCUACAAUGUCUUCCUGCUCAUGAUGAAUGACAUGCUCCCUGCCACCGGCACCCCCCUCAUCAGUAUCUACUUUGCCCUCUGCCUGUCCCUGAUGGUGGUCAGCCUGCUAGAGACCGUCUUCAUCACCUACCUGCUGCACCUAGCCACCACCCAGCCCCCACCCAUGCCCUGGUGGCUCCACUCCCUGAUGCUGCGCUACACCAGGAAACCCUGCCCCGCCACUGCACCCCAGGACAACAGUAAGAGCCUGGGUCACAGCACCACCCACCUGCCAGGCCUGAAGGAGCCAGUAGAGCUAGUGGCAAAGGGGCCGGGUCUCGUGGUGGCAGAGGUGCACGGCUGCCCCAAGCAGCCCAGGUGCCGGCAGGAGCACGAAACCCCACAGCAGCAGCAGCUGGUGGAGCUGUGGGUACAGUUCAGCCACCUGAUGGACACACUGCUCUUCCGCCUCUACCUGCUCUUCAUGGCCUGCUCCAUCAUCACCGUCAUCAUCCUCUGGAGCACCUAG